CCUCACACGUUGCUUUCGGAGUUUGCAUGCUCGCUCAGCAAAUCAUUACGAAGCCAUGCUGCGCCUCCAUCGGUGCCUGUGCAAGCGGACAGCUUGCUCGAGCCGAGGAGGUCUUCUCUUCCUCCACACUCUUUGCCGGUCCCUUUGUGGAGUGAUGUUGUCGACACAGUCGGCCGUUGUCUUUUGGCACCAUACACCAAUCACUGCAAACAUUUCGUACCUUCUGUUAUGGCCUUGAAGAUGCUUAUUUUGCAUAGCUUCCAUGCAACCUACUCCUCACUAAUCUUUCCAUCAAACAUAUUAGUCUACCAGCUCAUACAACCACAAUUGCACCCAUAAACAUCCUCUGGCAUCUUUUAAUCCACUUUUCUCCUCCAGCAGAUACAAGCAACAUCAUGCCGCGACGAUAUCUGGUUCGGUCGAGGUCUGCAAAAGACUCUUGCUCGUCAUCCAGCACCGCGUCAAGCCGCAGUCAAGAGUCCGAUCUAUCUGGCCGAUCAAGUCACACCCAAUACACCAGCAACACUUCAUACAGCUAUACGAAACCCAUUGUCAAGCAUCAUGAGGAGUGCGAAGAACAUGAAAUCGACGAUUUUCCAACACUCGCUGCAAAACAAGACAGGGCUGAUCCACGAUCAUCCGCCGAAACGUAUGCUUCUACCAUUGCGCCAGAGAAGGAAUCUGAGUCCUCCAAAGGUCAAUGUCUGUUACCUCUUGCGAGGCAUAUCUGCUAUCAGCCCGAUGCUAUGGCUUGCACGCCCAAAGAAUUCGGAGAAUUGUUCCCCUCGACAAGGAGAAUAUUGAUUCAGCAUGACGAUACCAGUCCAGACGGCAAUCUGAACCUUCGCGCAGACACUGAAGUUACCGUAUCCCAGGGUCGAAAGGUGAAGCUGACGCUGUUCCACUUGCGCAUGUAUGACCUUGCGGACCGUCAAUUUUCACUCCGUCGGUAUCAGAGGCAGUCGGGGCGUGAACUUUGCAGUUCGAAACGGAAAUAUCUGAGACCUGCGGCCGAGGCUCCAUCCACACCUAAGAAGCGUCCACUGAGUAUGGCAUUCCGCAAAAUGAGCUUUAAAGGGCUCCCCCACAAACCUCGACCCAAGAGUGGUCCUGAGGUGCGAGAAGAAGACUCUGAGGAUGACCUCGAUUUUCUCGCCACUCAAGCAGAUGUCGAAGCCACUGUUCCUACCGAUACCAUCAGGAUAGAGUUCUCCAAUUAUGCACAAGUGGAGCUGAGUCGCAGUAGUCGUGGUGACGGCAAGCUAUACGACUUUGAGUAUUGGGGCGAGAAAUAUACCUGGAGACGAAAUGUCUACCAAGACGGCUCGGAGUCUGUGUUUUCUUUCGAAAUGGUCAACUUAAACACCGGAGCUUGCAUUGCUCACAUCACGCCCGACAGAUUAUCACCGAAGCAAGUUCGGAAAGAAGCUGGGCAGGGAAGUUGGAUACCGCCGUGCAGUAUGCGGAUCCUGGAGAAACAAAUUUCGAGCGAUCUUGGAGAUGUACUCGUUGCGACUGGGUUGAUUGUCCUCACCGACGAUUGCAUCAGAAGACACUGGCACGAGACUCACCGCCCGUAGUUGGAAGGAACCACACAUCAGAUCAAAUGGGUGAUGUCCUUCACUUGAAACAGAAGCAGGAUGAAUUUUCCUAUUGGAGGGAUGUUACACCAAAGUCGUGGCGGUGUGGGAUGCAGAGCGAAGACGGUUUUCGAACAAUCCGAGGGUAGCGGACUCUUAUGUGUCCCUUUGUCGACAUGCAACUUCCAUUGUGUAUAUUAUGCAUUCUUGAUAGGGAUUUCGGGGAUGGUGAUCCGGGCUAUUGCAUGAUCUCGAAUUGGAUGACCUUUGCUCGUGGAAAUGGCUAGCCGGGAAAUGCGCGUAGCUACCUGUACUUGGGCUUGCAUGAGAUGGGGGCAGCCCACAUUCGGACGACAUCUCAGAAAUCGGAAUGCACAAGUUAACUUCUGUGAUGAGACUGACACGAUGACUCUGCGUGACUUAUCCAUCACUGAAGUUCAGAGGACUCACCGCCUCCCGCGAACAGCGAUGCGUAGGCAACAUUGUGGCGGGGUGACAUGUUGUAUAUUGCGCUGGUGAGGGCAUCUCACAGUGAUGAUAGAUCCAUGUGGCGACAGAGAUGAGAGGGGUAUACCAAAUACCAAAUGUCCUUCUACUGGUUACAACGAUGGUCCGAGUGAACCGGUUCAUCAGCUCCCAACGUCGAGGCGGCCAAGCAAUAAUUGUCUGUUUAUGUACUAGACCAUAACAAGACUAGCUG